AUGGGAUUCUCAGCCGUUCAGGCCAUCCCAUUGUCCUGGGUGGGUGUGGCAUGGGCCUGGAACUUGAUCUGGUUCCUCCCUGUGGACCUAAUCAAAUUUGCCACUCGAGCUGUACUCAAGAAGUACCGAUCUCGCCAAGUCAAACCUGCGGUGGCCAAACUAACUCUGACAGCCCGUCAAUCUACCACCGGGUCCCUCUACAACAACAGAAUGAGUUUCAUUCAACGGGCCAAACAGUUGCAAAACCUGCAAAGAUCCGUUCUCGGCCAAGUUUGCACAAACGAGCACAAUUUACGCAGGUGA